GUAAGACACGCGUGCGCGUCCAAAGCCACUGCCAUUUCCGCUUGGAUAACUACAUCAAUCACCAUCAACUGAACAAGCAAGUUUGCAGGAAAUCGAGCAUGGCAGGACUGGAGCAACUGGUGCAAAUGAUAUAUCAUGAGAGGCAGCAGGAAGGAUCAAAUCUUUGUGCGCAGCAUGCGCUCAAUUCGCUACUUCAGGGAAACUAUUUCACAGCCCCCGAUCUCUCUGAAUUUGCUCGGAAGAUGGACACUCUGGAGGAGUCAUCGCGUUAUGGCGAUGCCAUUCGAGUACAUACUAGUGCCAACAUGGAUGAUACAGGAUUUUUCUCUGUGCAAGUGUUAGAGGAAGCACUUAAUGUCUGGAAUCUCAGCCUGAUACGCUGGCGCUCUGAGGCUAUGAAGCCAUAUCAGGACGAGCCACAUAACCAAGCCGCAUUCGUACUCAACCAGAAUCAGCAUUGGUACACAUUGCGACGAUUUGGAGAUCUCUCUAAUCCAGGUGAUGGCCACUGGUUCAACCUCGACUCCACUAAGCGCCAGCCACAAUGGAUCAGCAAACUCUACCUUGGCAUGUUCUUGCAACAAGCUGAGAGCGACGGAUACUCUAUCUUCGCAGUUACGCAGAUCGAUCCAGAUGUACACUCUCAACUUCCCCAUGUAGACGCAGAUGAGAUCGCAUCUACUUUCCCAGAUCCUACUUCAGCAGCUCGGGAUGACGUGGAACCUGGUUUCGAGAAUGAAGAUAUGGAGCUGCAAGCAGCCUUACAAGCAUCGCUUAUGGGGGCUGGAGAACCCAGUGGCUCAUGGGCCACGCCGGGUUCCUACCAUCCCGCACAAGCUAGUCUAUCCGCCCCUAACAUACGCGGAUCGAGUUCAUCGAGUUCAACCAGAGGAGCUAUGCCAGGCAUUCCUCCCAACCAAGACCCGUACGGUAACGCCGACGUUGACCCGAUUACUGCGUCCAUGGAGCGUGAUCGUAUACUCAUGGAGCGCAUGCGACGUGAGCAAGAAUUGGAGUUUAGACAGCAGUACGAGGAGGAGGUUGCACGGUUUGGAAGUCGGCAACCGCCACGCGAACCACAAGAUGAUGGCAAUGAAGACGAACAUUUACGUCGUGCAAUUGCGGAUUCAUUAGCAGAACGGCAUGCCAGAGGAGACUUUGAUGAUGACGAUUCUGAAGACUCAGACUACGCGACCCCUCCCGAAGCAAGGGUACCAUAUAGCAUGGGGCAGCGUGACCGAGUUUAUGAUGAUGAUGACGCCAACUUUCAGGCCGCACUGAGAGCAUCAUUGGAGGGUGCAGCUCCGGAAUUUCCCCCCCUUCCAAUACAAUCACUUCCAACGAGACAAUUACCUUUGUCGCAUAUCCCCACAGCCCUCGAGGAUAACGAGACGGACGGUCAAUCGGAGGCAGAUACUAGCACGGUUGCAUCAGAAACCGACGCAGAAGCAGCUUUAAGUAUGGAAGAGAUGCGUAGAAGAAGGCUCGCAAGAUUUGGUAGUUGAAGGUGUACUUAUAUUGGAUUGAAGUCGCUAACAGUAAUCAUACAACCAGCGAGUGCAUUGCGUUGUACAUUUAAGAGUCCACCAUUAUAAU